AGGCCACUGGGAGUGGAAGCUUGUCGAGCGGUUUUGCUAUCUUUCCACUCGGUCAUCCUCUUCGACCAAUGAUUCUCAACAACCUCGGCCUCAGCCUUUAUGACAGAUUUACGCAGCGGGGCGUCCCGUCUGACCUCGAGGUGCUGUCCUGCAAGUAUAAUGGAAUAGACCCGGUCACGUUUCUUCAUGCAAGUACUUUCCAGCCUCUUCCGAAACCGCCGCAUCACGAUCGGCGUGCAACGGUAUCCCUGCCGUUACCGCGGUUUUCAGACGAUCCGACCAUAUAAGAUUCCCCGACAUCCACUUCAAUUCUAACUUGUCCUUGACGAGGCCAUCGAGUUCCAACGGGCUGCACUACUCAUCUGCCCCUCUGGUGAUCCUCUUCGAAUAACGUCUCUCAACUGUCUUGGCAUGGGCCUAUAUGACAGAUUCAAGCAGCAGGGCGUCCCAUCUGACAUCAACGAGUUCAUUGAGCUCCAACGGGCUGCACUACUCAUUUGCCCCCCCGGUCAUUCUCUUCGACAGAUAUUUCUCAACAAUCUUGGCACGGGCCUUUAUGAGAGAUUCAAGCAGCGGGGCAUCCCAUCUGACCUUGACGAGGCCGUUGAACUCCAACGAGCUACACUCCUCAUCUGCCCCCCCGGUCAUUCUGAUCGACCAACGUCUCUCAACAAUCUCGGCAUCAGCCUUCAUGAGAGAUUCAAGCAGCGUGGCGUCCCAUCUGACCUCGACGAGGCCAUCGAGCUCCAGCGGGCCAUACUCCUCAUCUGCACUCCUGGUCAUUCUGGUCAACCAACGUUUCUCACCAACCUUGGCGUCAGCCUUUGUGAGAGAUUCAAGCAGCGGGGCGUCCCGUCUGACCUUGACGAGGCCAUCGAGCUCCAACGGGCCACACUACUCAUCUGCCCCCCCAGUCAUUUUUCUCGACCAAGGGCUCUUAUCAAUAUUGGCGCGAGCCUUUAUGACAGAUCCAUGCAGCAGAGCGUCCCGUCUGACCUUGACGAGGCCAUCGAGCUCCAUCGGGCUGCGCUACUCCUUUAUCCACACGGUCAUUCUGCUCGAUCAUUGUCACUCGACGGUCUUGCCCUCUACCUUCGAGACAGAUUCGAGCAGCGGGGUGCCUCAUCUGACCUUGAUGAGGCAUUUAGGCUGUAUGCUCAACUCUCUCAUAUACCCCAUGCAGUCUCUCGUAUGGAUCUUACUGCUGCCAGGUCAUGGGCCAUCUCUGCUGAGGAGACGAACCAUGACUCUGUGAUGGUUGCCUAUCAAACUGCACUUAAAUUCCUAGAUCAGCAUGUUACUAUGUUGUCAUCUUCUCUUCGCUAUUUCCAUAUCGUUAGGGUGGCCACUGUUUCGCUUGCAAUGGACGCUUUCUCGUGCAGUGUUCGUCAUGGCGCGCUCACAACUGCCGUGGAAAUGAUGGAGCAAGGUCGUGCAGUAUUCUGGACUCAUUUGGCACGCUUCCGCACACCCCUCGAUGAACUUUCUAUGUCUGGUGACACUGGUGCAGCCUUGGCGGAAGAGUUCAAGCAGCUCAGUUCUCGCCUUCGUGUCGCGUUUGACCGGUCUACUGAAGAUCCGUCUCCGCAAAUCCGGCAAUUGACCAAGCAAUGGGAAGACGUCAUCUCACGCAUCCGCAUGCUGCCUGACUUUCCUCGAUUUCUCCUGCCCCCGCUGUUUUCUGACCUCCAGAAAUCCGCUGAAGAAGGCCCAGUCAUCAUCGUCAAUGCUAGUCGGUACAGCUGUGACGCCUUGAUUAUCUUGAGUAGCCAAGACCCUGUCCACGUUCCACUUCAUAUUGCGCGGACCGAAGUAUCCGAAUUGUCUUCCGAGUUCCAGUCCCUUUCAGAACAAUUUGGUUAUUCUAAUCAUCUACAAAAACUUGUCAACAUCCUCCGGAAGCUUUGGCAUGAGGUCGUUGACUCCGUGGUCCAAGCUCUUAAAGAGUCUAAAGUUCCGCAUGGCUCGCGUAUUUGGUGGUGUCCCACUGCGGAGUUUACGCUGCUUCCUCUACAUGCAGCAGGACCCUACGAGAAGAAGAAAGACAAUUUAUCUGACAUCUACAUCUCCUCUUACACCCCCACUUUGGCGACACUUGUUCGUGCAAGACAGCAGGUUUCUGGAGAUGCGUCCCCGCAACAUUUUGUUGCCAUUGGUCAAGCAAAACCAACAGGGGCGAAGGCACUCGAAUAUGUCGCUCCCGAGCUAGCCGUAGUCGCUCAGCAUCUCGCGCCCGUCGUCUCGGUCACGUCGCUCGCGGACGGCGAUGCGACAGUUCAAGGUGCACUCGAUGCACUAAAUAAUAAUCAGUGGCUCCAUCUGGCAUGCCACGGAAUGCCGAAUCGACAACAACCAUUUGAGUCUUCCUUUGCCAUGCGCGACGGGCCUUUAAUGAUCAAGGAUGUCAUCCGAUCUGACUGGCAGAACCCUGAGUUUGCCUUCCUAUCGGCCUGCCACACUACUGUGGGCGAUGAGAAGAAUCCCGACGAGUCGAUCCAUCUCGCUGCGGCCAUGCAAUUCUCCGGAUUUCGCAGUGUCAUAGGUUCCAUGUGGUCUGUCGACGAUGAGGUUGCACGACAGGUUGUGUCCGCUUUUUACCGGAACCUGGUGGAUGGAUCAGUGAGAUUGGAGUGCACACGGGCUGCGGUGGCGUUGCACAAGGCUUUGAAAUCGCUGCGCAAGAAAAUUACACUAGAACAGCAGAUCGUGUUCGUUCACAUAGGUGUCUAGUUUGAUUGAUUCGUCGUAUUAUUGCAUUUUAUGUUAUAUACCCUGGUUGCUUUCAUUCCCCCGUUAUCCCACCUAUAUCUCGGUUAUUCACAUUAUGUCUGCAUGAUGCUUUUGUUUUUGUUUUGUGUACUAGUACUACGAGCACCGUUCCAUUGAAUAUUGAAUGAUUAUACAUCGC